AUGAAUCCAGGCAGUCGCUCAGUAAGAACAUAUAACCAACAUCUCAAUCAUCGGGAAAAUCGUUCUGCUUUAUUUAAUGAAGCUAGGAGUUCUGGGGGCGAUCGAACCUUGUUAAAUGGAAGUUCAAGUGGAAGUCAGCAUUUAGAUCUAGAAAGUCAAAAUGAUGAACAGCUAGAGGGUCUGACGGGUAAAGUUAAACUAUUAAAGGAGAUAACCUUAAGUAUAGGAGAAUCGGUCAAAGAAUCAAAUACCAUACUUAGCAAUAUGGCAGAUGACUAUUCAAAAACAGGUUCAUAUAUGAGUGGAACAAUGAACCGUUUAAAAACCCUCUCGGAAAAACAAAUACACUUGCGUGCAGCUCCAUCAGGCAAAGCCUUCAUUGAGACCAACUUAAACAGCCAACCUUUCAAGGAAGAGAGGGCUCCUCAAGAAGAUCCCUUGGGCACCAUUUACAUCUCUAUCUACUGUCCAUUUACAAUCCUGGCAUCUAAAGACCUUCUGGCCACCCAAGCUCUGAUUAACCCACCCACAUGCCUCGGACGCAAUAACAACCUUUUUCCCAACUCUUCUGCCUUAUUGAGCAAUCUAUUAAGAAAACAUCCAUGGCUCCAUGUCAACAUUUUUCGCACUGUGCGUCUAUUUAAUCUUCUCUUCCAGCCAUUGCAUGUGAAUUGA